AAAAAAAGAUAUACCUCUAUCCUGACCAACAUCCAGGUAAUGAAGAUUGGUGUAGGGGUACUGACAAGGGCUGAUCUGUCCAGUAUGCCAAUAGUUGUUCGCCUACACUGGUUUCCCUAUUGUCGAUCCCAUGUGCUCUCCCAUGCUUUCCGUCUAUACCAAGAUAUCAUCAAGCUAGCGUGUGCUGACAUCACCUUCAAUUGUCUCUACCCAGUUGUAGUUGUAUUUGCAAUGGUCUUGUUGGACUUUCUCAUCAUCUUUUUCCACUACAUUUUGAUUCUCAAGACUGUCAUGGGCAUUGUUUCUGGAGAAGAAAGGGUCAAUACCCUCAACACAUGUGUCUCUCAUAUCUGCUGCAUCCUGGUCUUCUAUGUCACCGUAGUUGGUCUGACAUUUAUUCAUAGGUUUGGAAAGCACAUUCCUCAUGUGGUUCACAUCACAAUGAGCUACAUCCACUUCCUUUUCCCACCUUUUAUGAACCCGGUUAUCUAUAGCAUUAAAACUAAGCAGAUUCAGAGUGGUGUACUUCACUUAUUCUCCCUGUCUCACUCGAGAGCAUGACUUUGUUUCACUAAGGAAUAAUUCAGGGAACUUGGACAGGAUGACAACAUUGCUGGCAUAACUAGGGAAAGUCAUUUCAGUGAGAACUAACCAAUCCCUCACAUUUCAGUGGAAAUCAACCAAUCCCUCUGCUACUUAGAACAUUAUUUUACCCUGCCCAUCCAUUGCGGAUUUGUAUGUGAUAUAAAAUAUGUACAACACUAAGCACAUAUCUCUGUGCUCAACUGAUGUUGUUUUCUCCAGGUAGUUUAACUCACACUAUUUCAUUAGCCUAUGGCUGGCACCAUAUGUAUACAUACAUACUUAAACACAUACACACAUAUACGUACGCACAUACUAUUAUGUAUAUUAGACAUAUAAUUUACAUAUUUAUAAUUUAAAUAUAUAAACCUGAGUGCCUUUACCUUUAGAUGAGCGCUUUGGCUCCUCUAUAAAUACCAUGAUUAAAAUCCAGUUGUGUAUAAUGGACAGCUUGCUGAACAACAUAAUCACCAUAAUGCAGCUAGUAUAGUGUUGCAGCUAUAAUUGUGUAUUUUUUAAUUGCCUCAUCAUAAAUUUGCAC